AUGACCGUGACCAGGUCUACCAAAAACAUUGUGUCUCAUUUUUAUAUUAAAUCGUUUGUUUAUAUCUAUUGGCCUUCUGUUGGGGUAACCUCUCCGUCUAAAACCUCUGCCUAUCCGUGUCUUUAUAUAGCCGUGACCAGGCCUACCAAAAACCUCGUCUCUCAGUCUUAUUACUCGUUUGUUUAUAUCUAUUGGCCAUCUGUUGCGGUAACCUCUUCGUCUAAAACCUCUGCCUAUACGUGUCUUUAUAUGGCCGUGACCAGGCCUACCAAAAAUCUCGUUUCUCAGUCUUAUUACUCGUUUGGUUAUAUCUAUUGGCCAUCUGUUGCGGUAACCUCUUCGUCUAAAACCUGUGCUUAUCCGUGUCUUUAUAUGGCCGUGAUCAGGCCUACCAAUUACCUUAUGUCUCAUACUUAUAUGAAAUCGUUUGGUUAUAUCUAUUGGUCUCCCGUUGCGGUAAACUCUUCGUCUAAAACCUCUGCCUAUCCGUGA